AUGGCAGCUCUUGACAACAUGGUGAAUGAUCCCGACGAUGAGAACGCGCUGCUGUUCCGUGCGAGAGUGAUGUCACUUUGUAGGAAGGUGGAAGACACUCUUGGGAACAGGAUGAAAGACAUUCAGAACGCAAAAGAAACAAUCUGCAGAGCAUAUGAGAGUGCAAUGGUGCGGAUGAGCGAUGAGAUGAAAAGUUUCCAGGUGGAGAUGACAAAAAGGCAGAAUACAAAGAGUGAAUCGGAUAGAGUAUCAACAGAGCAGUUACAAGCCAUCAAAAGAAAGCUCCUUGAACUGCAGAAACAGCAGGAGAGGAGUGAAGAAGAUGUCCGAAAGGAGAUCAGAGAAGAGCUCGAACAGACUUACCAAGAGAGGGAGAAGGAGUUGAUGAAGAAGAUAGAGAGCAGGAAUGAGAGACAGAUUUCUGUCCUGCGUUCAGAACAUGCAGUUGAGGUGCAGCAAAUACAGCAGAAACAUGACGAUGAGGGUUGUGUUCAGAUCCAGAAACUCAAGAAGUAUAUGGAGAAUGAGAUCUGGAAGUUUGAGGUGAGUUGA